AUGGUUGAUUUUAACGUCUGUCCGGAUGGGAUUUGGCCACCACGACCCCAAUGUGCCCAUGUUUUCACUUUCGGGAUCUACACCGCUCUCACACUAGUCAAUAUUAUUGCUUCUUGCCUUCCGCAACGGAUCAACUACAGCCGUCUGGACACCCCGUUAUCGUUUUCUUUCUACUUAUCCGCCAUCGUCAAAGUUAUUCUGAUUUGUGUCGCGGUUAGCUACGGAUUUUUCGUUUUCUUCAUUCACGCGUAUACUCAUUUGUUAGCUGCCUACUGUGUCAGCAAGAUAAUUUUCUGGUUGAUAUGCUUGGGAUCAUAUGUGAAAUGGAGAAAUAUGCCCUAUUUGCCGAUCUCGUUGGCGAUUUCUUACUCGAUAGCCACCGUUCUACAGGCGAUUCCUUUGUUCAACUGGGCUGAAUACUUUCCGGAACAUUCUUUCAAGAACGGAGAAUUCGUUUUCUACGUUGUUGAGGCCAGCUCGACGUUGACCCUUUUCACUCUCACGAUGAUGAUCGGAACGAUCAAAACGGAAACCCCAUCAACUUGGUCCAACUUCUCGCGAAAAAUCUCAAUGAUUGCGCCAUACGUAUGGCCGAAGAAAUCCCUCUCGUUGCAACUCCGUGUCGGUUUUUGCAUGUUUUUGCUUUUAUUCGGACGUCUCAUCAACGUGGCUCUUCCACUGUUCAGUAAAUGGAUUGUUGAUGCUCUUGGGGAGAACAACUUCCCGUACAAGCUCAUCCUCAUAUCGACGGGGCUAAAAUUCUUGCAAGGAAAUGGAGCUAUGGGUGGUUUUUUGAACACGAUGCGCACCUAUCUAUGGAUUCCCAUUCAACAGUAUACAACCAGGGAAAUGGAGGUGGAACUUUUCGAGCAUCUGCACUCGUUGUCCCUGCGCUGGCAUCUCGAAAGGCAAACUGGUUUAGUGCUGCGGGUGAUGGACCGGGGAACCCAAUCAAUCAACAGCAUUCUCAACUACGUUCUCUUCAACAUCGUUCCCACACUAGCCGAUAUCGCGAUCGCGGUCGUCUUUUUCUUCUCGACUUUCAACUUUUAUUUUGGCAUCAUUGUGUUGAUUACUAUGGUCGCAUACUUGGCUCUGACCAUCAUCAUCACUGAAUGGAGAACGAAAUUCCGGCGAGAGAUGAACGAAAAGGAAAACAAUUGGAGUGCUAUCGGAACUGAUUCUUUAUUGAACUAUGAGACGGUGAAGUACUAUGGAAAUGAGCAAUACGAGGCCGAUCGUUUCCGAAAAGCCAUUCAAGCGUAUCAAGACGCGGAAUGGCGCUCGAAUGCUUCGUUGGCUUUCUUGAAUUUCACACAGAACUCGAUAAUCGGAUUGGGACUGGUGGCUGGUUCAUUGCUCGUCGCUUAUUUGAUCUCCGUCGAUCGCCGCCUCACAGUCGGUGACUAUGUUCUCUUCACCACUUACAUCCUCCAACUCUACUCUCCUCUGAACUUCUUUGGAACUGUUUAUCGAACCAUUCAACGAUCUUUCAUCGACAUGGAAAACAUGUUCGACUUGAUGCGACAGGACGUUGAGGUGUCUGACCUGCCAAAUGCGAUCGAAUACAUUCCAUCUGAUGGACGAAUCACUGUAAAAGAUCUCUUCUUCGAGUACACUCCCGGAACAUCAGUCUUGAAAAACAUUUCCUUUGAAGUUCAAAGCGGCGAAACGAUUGCUCUAGUGGGUGAAUCGGGAAGUGGAAAAUCGACAAUGAUUCGUCUCCUUUUCCGGCUUUUCGAAGUCUGUGCCGGAGAUAUUCAUUUUGAUGGGCAUGAUAUAAAAACGUUGAAAAUGCGAUCAUUACGCAAACAGAUUGGCAUCGUUCCACAGGAUACCGUGCUUUUCAAUGACACCAUCAAAUAUAACAUUCGUUUCGGGGACCCAACCGCUUCAGAUGCCGAGGUGGAGGAGGCAGCAAAGGCGGCAAUGAUCCACGAUCGAAUAAUGGCACUUCCAAAUCGUUAUGACACAGUGGUCGGUGAGCGAGGCUUGAAGCUGUCUGGCGGUGAAAAGCAACGAGUCGCCAUCGCGAGAACGAUUCUGAAGAAACCGCAAUUCAUUUUCCUCGACGAGGCCACAUCCGCAUUGGACACACCAACCGAGAGAGCCAUUCAGAAAUGCCUUGAAAGUCUCUGUGUCUCUAGAACUUCUGUGGUGGUGGCUCAUCGCCUUUCAACGAUUGUCAACGCGAAUCAAAUCCUCGUCUUGCAUAAAGGAGUUGUUGCCGAACAUGGAACACAUACAGAGCUUUUGAUUCAAAAUGGUUUGUACGCGAGAAUGUGGGAAUCUCAGUCACAGCGUGAAGGCAACGACUCGAGUCACAGUUUGGAAAGUCAAGCUCAG